AUGAAGUGGUGCACUCUUGUUCUGGCCGCUUCUGUGGCUCUGGUCACAGCAUCACCUAUCGCGCCAUCCUUUUCUAUCUCACCAACUGGGCCAUGCUCCGAUUCCAAGGUUGAUGCCAUUCUCAAGGGUGAAAUGGACGCAUCCGAAUGCUGCUCAUAUGGCAAAUGCAAAGGCGAUGUGGUCGUCUCGGUUGGGGAAUAG